UCAUAGGUUAAGUGCUGCGCUUGGUGACUAGUCGCUUGUGUGUUUGCUGUUGUUAGUUUGUUCUUAAAAUCUUCCUCGGGGUUCUGCGGAUUGUCUCCACUGAAGCAGCGAUGGCAAGUCAUGUCAAGAGCGAUGAGCCUGGGUCUGUGGAGAAGGACAGCGCUUUUGCGGCACAGACAGACAGAGUGAACGUAACAGAAACUGAUAGCAUGAAUCAAAGUGUAUUCAGUCUGGAUCCUAAUGAGGAGUAUAAGAUGGACCACAAGAAGCGAGGAAUGGCUCUGAUCUUUAACCAUGAACGUUUUUACUGGCAGCUCAUGUUGCCCAGCCGCUCUGGCACAAAUGCAGACAGGGAGAACCUUGUUAGAAGAUUUCGAGAUCUGGGAUUUGACGUCAAGGCUUGCGACGAUUACAAACGGGAAGAAGUUUUAUCCACAAUCGGAGAAGCUGCUGCUGCUAACCAUGUAGAUGCAGACUGUUUUGUCUGUGUAUUUUUAAGCCAUGGGGAAAAUGGUCACAUUUAUGCCUAUGAUGGGCAGAUUGAAAUUCAAGAAAUCACUGAUCUGUUCAAGGGGAAUAAAUGCCAUAGCCUUGUAGGGAAACCCAAGAUCUUCAUCUUGCAGGCUUGUCGUGGAGACAAACAUGAUGAUGCUGUGACACCAAUGGAUGUGGUGGACAGUCAGACGGUCAAUGAAGUGGUUGUGGACGCGGGGGCGCUCUCCACCCUUCCAGCAGGAGCAGAUUUCCUAAUGUGCUAUUCAGUAGCUGAAGGAUAUUACUCUCAUCGUGAGACAGUGAAUGGCUCGUGGUACAUCCAGGAUCUGUGCGAAAUCCUGAGGCGUUACGGAUCGACACUGGAGUUCACUGAUGUGCUGACACUCGUUAACAGGAAGGUUUCUAUCCGCAGUGUAGCAAACUGCAAGGAUCGCUCUGCUAUAGGCAAAAAACAAGUGCCUUGCUUUGCGUCCAUGCUUACUAAGAAGCUAUUUUUCAGGCCUAAGAAGUAAUAUUACUGUUCGGGCAAUAUUGCAGGUAAAAAUUCAGGGAUUAUAUUAUUUUAUUUUCAUUUUCAAAAUGGAAAUCAUGCAAGUUUGCAUGUUUUAGCCUGGAGGUUUGACAAGCUCAGGGUUACAAAGUGCAAAUAGUUUAACUUUACCCAUUAAUGAUGAUAGACAUUAGGCUUCACUGUUUACACUACCAAUACAAAAAAUGCUUUAAAUUACCAGCAGGCCAAGAUGAAGACAAUUCCUACUACAAAACUACUUAUAAGAACCAAAGAAACCUUGAAAUGUAUUGAUAUUCAUUAAAGUAAUGUGUGUCAAUCCUGCGCAUUACAUUCAUGAUCUGUCAUUAAUAGCACUAUAGCUUGAUCUCUUUAUCUGUGAGCCAUGUAUUUGUACCUCAAGAUCUGUUAAGAAGCAAUACAAAGGAGAAACAAUACAAGAAACUCCAGUUAAACGGCUUUAUUUGUUUACCAGCGUCGCAUAUAAUUUUCAUAGAACUGCAUGGGGAAUUUUGGGAAUCUUUUAUGGUACAUGUUGUGUCUUAAAUGUUGAAAAGAGUGACUUCUAGAGAUCCGGCCACAGAGAUGCACUACAUUUUUACUUGUUUCUGACACUACAGAUUAAACUAAAAGUAAAUAUAUAAGAUAAGAACUGAAUGUCUUUACCCAUCCUUUACUGAGCUCUGAUCUUGUAGUGGAAUUUAUAAUCUGGCUGUUUUAAUGCAUAGAUCAGUAGCAUCAUGUUCAUAAAUGACCAAAGACUUUGAAUAUUUUUCUUAUUUAAAACUUGAUUCUUCUGUAGUUAUAUUGUGUAGUAUGACCUAAGUAAAUAAAAAGUUGUCAUUUUUCUAGGAUGAUAUGACUAUACCCUUUUUCUGGCAUAAUAAUCAAAGAGGUUUGCUGCUGUACAGUUAUAGUGCCUGUGCAAAAUAGUCCCGAGCUUGCAAGACAGGUUCCAUGCGGAAGCAAGAGGGUCUGGCUGUUUUCAAGCGCUGCAUGAUAUCACUGCGCCUGCCUCCUUGAUUUAUUACUCUGGAAUGCGAUUAUAGUUCCAUACAUUGGCAAGAAAAUUGCGACUUUUAAUUUUCGGCUGGUCUUUUUACACGAUAUAACUAGAAGAAGAGUCAAGUUACAAGUAGGAAAAAUAUUGAAACCGGUCCAUUUCUGAACAUGAUUCCACUGGUCUAACUGGAUUCAGUGAUCUAUGCUAAAAGUCGCCAGACCUGGAGAUUGGCUGAAUGAAUUCAAAAAUGGUAAAACUCUAGUCUAGUGGAGUUAGAAGACGAGCCUAUUUACAAAAAAAGUGUUCCUUUAAGAAGGAGUUAUUCAUUUCCCGAGUAAUGUGACUGUUUUCUGUUCUGUUUGGAUUCCUGGGAAAUUGGCUGUUGUGCAAAAUACUGCAUAAGUAACUUUCGCUUUACUCAGCAUUUAAGACUAACUCUGUAUUUGCUAU